AUGUACCAGGCACAUUUUGACGUGUCUCGCAACUCAGAAAUAUCGCUUCAAUGUUACAUUCGUGCAGAGGAGCCCAAGUGCGGAGGAGAUGGCCUUGCUGACGACCUUGGCAACGACAUCUUUCUCGGUGGACUCAAAUUUGUCCCUAAUUUUGAUGAAAUGGGCAAUCACGACCAGUGGUAUAAUUUCGUUGGUGGUGCUGGGAAGAUUCAAAUCGGUGUCCAGUACCAACCUCGUUAUGGACAAUCUGUGACUAUGGAUGAUUUCGAGUUGAUGACAGUCAUUGGGAAGGGCAGUUUCGGCAAAGUUCUACAAGUUCGCAAACGAGAUACGUCUCGUAUUUAUGCAUUGAAGACUAUCCGAAAAGCCCAUAUCGUAGACAGAAAUGAGAUUACACACACACUAGCGGAACGUUUGGUGCUUGCACAAGUCGACAGUCCUUUCAUUGUUCCCUUAAAAUUCAGUUUCCAGUCAGAACAGAAGCUGUAUCUAGUCCUUGCUUUUGUCAAUGGUGGAGAGUUAUUCCACCAUUUGCAACGAGAGCAUAGAUUCGACGAGCAGCGUGCACGAUUCUACAGUGCUGAAUUGCUCCUUGCUCUAGAACAUCUUCACGAGCUGGACGUGGUCUAUCGUGAUUUGAAACCAGAGAAUAUUCUUCUUGACUAUACAGGACACAUCGCUCUCUGCGAUUUCGGUCUGUGUAAACUUAACAUGAAGGAUAACGAAAAAACCAAUACUUUCUGUGGAACCCCUGAAUACUUGGCACCAGAAAUUCUCUGUGGAAAUGGAUACGAUAAAUCCAUCGAUUGGUGGACACUUGGGGUUCUCCUGUACGAGAUGCUUGCGGGUCUUCCACCUUUCUAUGAUGAGGAAACCGAGAAAAUGUACGAGAAGAUUCUGAAUGAUCCUCUCAUUUUCGGCGAAGAGUUCAGCCCAGAAGCUCGCAGCAUUCUUACAGGGCUUCUUAACCGUAAUCCAGCUCAACGGCUUGGAGUCAAAGGAGCCGAAGAAAUCAAAAAACAUCCUUUCUUCCAUAAACAUAUAGAUUUCAAGCUUCUUGCUGCUAAGAAGAUCCAACCACCCUUCAAACCUAGUGUCGCUAGCCCUGUAGAUGUUUCCAAUUUUGACGUGGUUUUCACGGAGGAAGCGCCAGUGGACAGCUUUGUUGAAGAUUCUAAAUUAUCUCAGACUGUUCAGGCUCAAUUCGAUGGCUUCUCCUACAAUGGAGGAACCCACCUCGCCUCACCUUAA